UGUACAAUGGAUUCCCAAGGUGGUCCGUACCUCAACAAGAGGGCAGUUUGCUCGCCUCUCGGUGCGGCCCGCCUCUGCCAGUUAGCUCUGGGCUGUGCAGUGGUUGCCAUGGUGACUCACAGUGCUGGCUACAGCGGUUCGUAUGGCGUGUUCUGCAUGGCAGUAUGGGCCCUCUGCUUCGCCGUGUCCGUCCUGGUGUUCUUCCUGGAUGCCACCCGUCUCUACAGCUGUCUGCCCGUGUCCUGGGACAACCUGACGGUGACCUUUGCUGCCCUGGCAACGCUCAUGUACGUGACAGCGUCAGUGGUCUACCCGCUCUACUUCGUCCGCUCUGAGUGCCCUUAUGCCGGUUGUGAUGUCCGAAAUUUCCGCAUUGCCGUCACUGUCUGUUCCAUCGCCGCUACCCUGGCCUAUGGGGCUGAGGUGGUCCUGUGCCGAGCCAGGCCAGGCCAGACUGUGGUGGGCUACAUGGCAACCGCCUCUGGACUCCUCAAAGUAGUUCAGGGCUUUGUGGCCUGCGUCAUCUUUGGAGCUCUGGCCAACGGGAGUGAGUACUCCCGUCAGGCAGCCACCAUCUACUGCGUUGUUGUUUAUGCUGUCUGCUUUGCCCUGACCACCCUGGUGGUCAUACUGACUGUGUGCGGUCGGACCAAGGCGGUGCGCUGCAUGCCGUUUGAACGCUUUGUGGUGGUUUACACCCUCCUGGCAGUCCUGCUGUAUCUGAGUGCAUCGGUGGUGUGGCCGGUGUUCUGCUUUGACUCAAAAUAUGGGUCUCCAUGGCGGCCCUCAUCAUGCCCCCGGGGAAAGUGCCCAUGGGACAGUAAAGUGGUGGUGGCAGUGUUCUCCUUCGUAAACCUAGGGCUGUACAUAGCAGACCUGAUCUACUCCCAGAGGAUACGAUUUGUCUCCUCGCACCUACCUGGCCACCCACGAGUAUAG